AUGGCCAGCGAGUCGUCGCAGUCGCAGGUGUCGCCGCCCGUGCCGCCGCUUCCGGGUGGCGGCCGCCGGAUGGACGAUGCCCAGCCGCAGCAGCCGCGGGGAAAUGACAAGCAGUUGUCGCAGAUGCAGGUGCUGCAGCAGCGCAUCCUCCAGCAGCAGAUGAAGAUGCAGAAGCAGCAGCGGUUGCAGCAGCUCCAACAAAAGCAGCAACAUCAGAAACAACAUAUCCAGCAGAUACAGAAGCAGAUGGCGCACAAACAAAAACAGCAGCAGCCCCAGCAGCCACCACAGUCUCCAUCCCAAUCCCAAUCCCAGUCUCAGCCCCAAGCUCAAUCACAGCCACAACAGCCGGGCAGCAACGACGGGGCACAGCACCACAAACCCAGGCAAAAACCAGCAAAGAAACAGCUGCAGAAACAAGCGCCGCCACUAAUUGCCCGGGCCCAGCGCGUUGACGGCUAUUCAAUCUCGCGGGGUCUCCGGAAGGACGGCCUGUAUCGCAGCCUGAACACGGAGCCCGAGACUGAAGCUAGUUUUGCGGCGUCACAUCCGACGUCACACCCGCCGUCACAACCUCAACCGCUGCCGCUCUCCCAUUCAUCUGACCAAGGCCUUUCGUCGGGCGCUGCCACUCCGAAAAGCAUUGGAACCGACGCCUCUGACCCGUCCUCUAGAACCUCCAAGUCCUCAAAAUCCGAACUUCCGAUAUGUUCAAGCCGCGGACGAGCUCCGUUCAACGAGUUUAGCUGGGCCAUCGAAUCGCCGCGAAACGACGUUGACGUACCGCCAACCACGCCAACCACAACCCCGCAAGCUGGCUCCGCGUCCUCUCCGACCGGCACUCCCUCCGCCGGAAGCAACGGCGGCAGCCUACGGGCGUCCAUGUUCAAGAAGUCGACUACACUUGCCUAUGGCGGCGGCUCUUCGUCUGGCAACCAAAAAGACGCCGAUGGUGUUGACAAGGACGGCCUUGCAAAGCCAUGGCACCUCGACGUGCCACCAGGCAUACCGUACUAUGUCGUUCCGUCGACUGGUCGACGCCUCGGCGCAUUAACAAAGGGUGGCUCGCGCAGCUUUGCCCAGUCGCCGACCCAGGCACAGCAGAAGGGAUCCUCUGCCAACGGGACUCGCACCGGCGCCAGUCCGUUUGCCAACAGUCGCACCGUGAGCGGCAGCGGCAGUUUCGGCGCAAACGGCAGUGCGAGCCCGAGUGGCACCAACAACACUGCCGUGCGCAACAACGGCAACAAUCGGAACAAAGUUGCUGGUGGUGUCGGGUCCAAAACAUCCUCCGCUGCCAACCGGGUCCAGAAGCCUGCGGUCCGCUAUCUCGACUUCAACCCGUGGAAAGGCCGCCAUCUCGAAGACCGCUUGACGGACUCGACCGUCCGUAUGGGCCAAUAUGACCGGCUGCCAAACCCCCAGUCGCAUACAACCGAAACGACCUCUGCACGUGGCUGGCUGCCUCUUUUGCUGCGGCAGAAGAACAGCACCAUGGUGCUGGGUCAGGCACUGGCGCUGGCCAACGCCCUCUCGCGCGAGAAGAACCACAUCCCGCCCGCCUCGCAGUUCAAGCUGCCGCCUCGUGUCACCGUCACCGACACUCGCCGCGAGACCUGGCUACGCGACCUCACAAACGCCGGCAUCCCAUUGCGGAAGCUGAGCCGGACCAUCCCGCAUGGUCUUCGCGGCAAGGUCCUGCUCGAGCAGUGCAUGCUCAAGUCGGUGCCCGUGGAUCGCGCCAUGUGGCUUGCGCGCUGUGUUGGCGCCCAAGAACUGCGCGCUUUCAAGCGGAAAGGGACGGCCAAUGUCUCUGCCUUGGCCGAGUCUGAGCUGCGCUGGCUCAAGGACUGGACGUUGACGGUCCAGCAGUUUGUCGAGGCUUUUCUGGUGGAGAUCAAUCUCGAAAAGGGCACGGGUGAGGAGCGCCUGCAGUACGCUGCGCGCUUUGCUCGACAGCUUUACGUCGAGAGGCUGCUGGAUCACGACCAGUUCCUCAACUGGAUGCUGGUCGGCUUGCGCAACGCCGCACGCCUCCCUGCGGCCGCCUCCGUGUCUACGCCCUACUUUGACCUGUGGCUCUUCAUAGUGGAAGAAUACUUCCACGGGAUCAUGCAACGGCGGAAAACGAGUGCGCACCUUGCUGUCUCUAUUCUCUCUCGCCUCGAAUUCUUAUCCCACUUCCAGUCAGGGACGAUAUCGUCGGCCCAGGCAAAGAAGCUUCUCCAAAUUAUGGUGCAAAGCCACCCAGACGCCUUUGUGUCCCACCCCGUGUGGCCUCGGUACGAGACGUUGCUGCACACUACCCUUCUUCCCGCGCCGUCGCCUUCGGCACCUGAACAGCCGCCACCUGCUCUGCUGGAUGCGGUGUCUACCAUCCGCCAUCGCAACGACUGCCUUCGCCCAGAAACAUCCGCUGAGAUGGUUCAAGUCGUCAACUACCUCCAACCCCUGGACAGUGCACUACGCUGCCCAACCGACUUUGCGUCACAUUUCGCCGAGUUCCUCCGCCUCGACAAGCGCGAGACAGUCCCGUUUGUGAUCCGGUGGUGCGCGUCGAUCCACCGACCGGGGCUCGCCAAGAUCUACAUUGCUGCCCGCCUUAUCGGCGAGCUCUGCCAGAUGGACGCGAAGCUGGCUACAAACUAUAUGCUGGGCUUCCUUUCGUCUGACCGCGAAACCGCCAGCGCUCGGAACCAUGCAGCAAACGACAGUGGCAGCCGAAAGAAGAGCACCAGCACGGCGCUGUCCAAGUCACGCCAGGCGAAGUUGCAGACAAUCCAAGACCAGCAGCCCGAGGGCAACAAGGCACUGUACCAGCUUGUGGGCCUCCUCGUCGCGCAAGAUCUGUUCCUGCCUGCCCACUACCUCGCUUCGCUUAUCCUGCGGAGCCGACCGUCCGACGCAGACGAGAUCGUCCCAGAAGGUCGCCCGCACGUCCGUCUUGUGGCCGAGCUGCCCGUCCACCUUCUCAACCAGUCCACGUCCAGUCUCCGUGCAAACCACCUCCGGCGCCUGGGCUACGAUACCGAGUACGAGUCCCAGGACACGGAGCGGAUCUUGGACCAGGUACAAGAGGUGUUUACAGAGAUGGCUGCUGCGGCUCAGACGAUUCCCGUGACGACAAACACGGCCGAUGAGACGCCGGGUUCGACGAUGACUGCCGCUUCCCCUGUUGGCAUUGUCGCGGCUGAGCCGCCGAGAGAGGCCCGCGCCGCGGCUUCUGUCAUCAAGCUGGCACGUACGGUUGAGAACCGGAGCCGCAAUGUCAAGAUGGCCGUCGCCGACUGGCUGCAGAAGAAUGUCGUCACAGCCAUGCGCACCUACAGCAAAUUCGUCAUGGGCGAGAUCGACGGACACGGAGCCAAUCCUGGGGCAGUGGGUGGUCGCCGGCCGUCCAGUAAGGCUGACACGGUGGCUGCACCCAACGGCAACGGACAGCUGCGUCCCUAUGCUACCAACCCUGCCAACCUGUCCCUCGAGCGCGUCAACGCUGUCCGGUCCCUCAUCGAGAAGACCGACGACCUGCGUCUGUUGUCCGAGUUUAUCCUUGCUGUGGCCAGCUACCCACAAAGCAUCAGCGUCAUGGCCCUGUGUGCCGACACGGUCAACCUCUACCUCGGCGCCUUUUUGGCCAUGGGCAACGCUCGCACGCUGUACGACAAGGUCAUGGCACGGGCGCUGGCCAUCACCGUCCGUGUCGACUCGGGUGCCAACACAGCCUACCAGACGCUCCUACCGCCUGGCACCGAUGUCCGACCGUUGCUGCUGGCGCUCCCUGCUCUCGCAGAGAAGAUGCCGCAGCCAGGGCCGGGCAGCGUCAUGCUCGGCGUCAACGGGCAGCCGAUUCGUCUGAUUCCCAAGGCGGCCUCUGCUCUGGGUGGCGCUAGCAAAAACGGUGCGUCCUCGGGCACGAGAGAAGAGCUGAUGAAGAAGCACUUUGAAGUCGGCACCGCUAUGGCCGCGGACAUUCAGGCACGCCUGCUCGAGAUCGAUCAGCGCCUUUCGGUCGCGACAUACGACGCCGACUGCUCGCCUCUCUCUGACGGCCGCGCCGCGCAUGUGCCGCAAGAAGACGCCGAUGCCGACGAGGUCCGCGAGGAGAUGGUGAAGCUUGCCAGCAGCAGCAGCUCCAUUGACAGCACGACCAUGGACAACCUAUUUGGCACCAUUGCGAUGAUCAGCCAGGGGCGCUGGCGGCGGAUCCAGCCCGACGGCGACCUCGCCGCGCAGGCACGCACGCGCGAUGAUUAUCGUCUGUCGGGCAGCCUGUUUGCGCGGCUUCGGCGCUUCAACCCCGCCCACUUUGACACCAUCAUGGUCAAGUGGCUGAAGAGACUCCGAACGAUGCGCGACCGCCCUGCCAUUGGCACGCUGUACCCUGUCUUUGUUGUCUUUGGCUGCCUCGACCUCGCCAGCCUCUUGGCCACGACCGCCGACGAGCAGCCCCGCGAGGCCGGCGCCAUGAUCCAGUCCCCCGCGCGUAACACGUGGCGCACAUCGUACCUGCAGGACGUGUUGACGCUGCUGUCCGUGCCGAUCGCCGACAGCCACCCUGUGCUGACGUGCGACGAGUGCCAGCGCUUCCGUGUGUUCCAGGACGAGGCGCUGUACGUUGCGCCUGCUGGAAUUGCCGCCUUGAUCCGCAAUGCCAUUGCGGAGAUGACGCUCUGGCGUCACCACCAGCGCCAGAAGAGCCAGGGCCUGGUGGCCAUGCAGCCGGCCUCGGGCGCCGUGGCGCGCAACCCCAUCAAUGCCCUCUCGGUAUCGCGACUCUUGCGCUCUGCGGCCUUUGCCGAUGCCCACAAGGCGGGUAUCGCGCUGGCCAAGACGACGGACCAGACUGUCCGCAGCGGCCUAUGGGAGAUGAUGACUCUGGCGCUGACACGGCAGGUGGCGCCGGGCCGGUCGCCGCUCGAGAUGCUGCGCGGGCUCGACAUUUUCGCCGCCGAUGCUGGCCAGGUGGCGCUUGGCCUCAUCGUGUCUCCAGGGCCGUAUGCGUCUGCAGCGGAGCGCACCAAGGAAGCCGACAACCUCGCCAACCUGAUCCUGCGCGCCGUGUCCGAAUUCCAGUUCGCCACCCUCAGCGUCCUGCACAGCCUGCCGUCCGACAUGGCGACCAGCCUCAAGGACCACGCCCAGACUCGGUUCCUCGACACGGUGCCGACGCGGAAGCAGUUGACAGCCAUGUCCUCGACACCAUCGACCCCGGCCAUCGGUACUACCGGUGGCGGCAACAACGGCUUCGGCGACGGUUUUGACGUCGCGAGUGGCUUCCUAAACAUUGUGCGGACCAUUCUGCUCAAUCAUCACCAGCAGUUCCAGAAGAAGCUCGAGCAACAACAUCAACAACAGCAGCAGCAGCAGCAGCAGCUAUCAACAACGGCGACGACGGCAGGCAGCGGUCCUUCGAACACGCAACUCCCGCCUCCGCACUCGCCCGGCUUGCUACCUGCGUCUGGCAUCCCGCCACUCGACUCUUCGGUCGUCGACAAGCUCGGCGAGCUGUGGUGCCUCCUGCAGGAACCGACGUCUGCCGCAGCGCGCAAGGACAAGGACCUGCCCGCGAUCGAUGCCGAGCGCAUCGUCAACCUCAAGCAUGCCAUUCUGCGCGACUGGCUGCCGGCGCUCUUGUCUCUGAUCCUGCUGCACCUGCCCAACCGUGACGCUCUCUUACUGAGCGUCGAGGGCAUCCAUGGCUCUGGAUUCGGCGGUUCGGGCUCGGCCAUGGCAGCGCUUGUGCGGACAGACUCUUCCAAGCCGCCCGGCUCGCAAGGCGCGUCACCGGCGACCUUUAGCAGCCCGGCCAACAGUACGGCGGCGACCGUGGGCAUGAACAUGGUGACCAACUUCAAUGCUGUCACGAGCAACAGCUUUGGUGUGGGUGCUGCUAGCGUGGGAAGCAACCAUGGCGCGACUCCAGGCGGUGGUGUGGGCGGCGUGGCCGGGCUGGCACGGACCAGCCGCGACCAAGAGCAGGAAGCGGUCUAUGCCGGCGCCUGCAUUGCCCUGGCCAGCCUGUACGUGGAGGUGUCGUCCCUGGCGGACAAUGGCGACGCAGCCGUUGUCGGCCACGGCCAAGGAAGCACUUUUUCAACGACGACGACGACGACAUCUGCGCCAAGCGCAACAACCUCGGCUCCUUCUGCGACAAACAGCUCUGCCAACGCUACCAUGGAGGCAUCCUGUGGCCACCGCCUGGCGCUCCAGAGUCGCCUCUUUGACACGGCGCUCCUCUUGGCCGACAGCCUCUCGGACGAGAUGCGGCAGCACUGUGUGCGGGCCCUGCGCGACGCUGUCGCCAGCCGAGACGGCGGCGUUGGCGGCGACCUGCAGCCCGUCAUGGCCUACAUCCUGUCGAGCCCCGUGUCGGCGUCGAUCUACUACCCGCACCUGGUCUUGGAACGCCUGCCUCAGAUCUCGCUGUUCGGCCGCGCACCGCCCGCCCCAACACCGCGCGAGCGGUCCAACGCAAGCGACCGUGGCACCGGCGCAAACGCAUCGCAAGCGACGACGGGCACAGCCGCUUCAGCCACCCCAACACCUGGCGCGCCGGGAACCGCCGCUCCGCCUCCCGGCCCGCCUCGGAGAAUGGCCAGCGGCAUGGGCUACGGCGGUUUCUUUGGCCUCACCGGCACGAACCAGACCAAGCGCGUGCGCUUUGGCCUGAAGACAUGGGACGCUGUCUCGGAUCCCAGUCCUGCCGUGCAGGACAACGACACGGCAGUCAACCUGUGGCUGCUCGAGGCCACCAAGGUGGUUCGCCAGCGGAGACGGUAG